AUCACUUAUCAUUCUUGUUAAAGAACAACGCAAACUAUCAAAAGUUAUAAUUGCAAGUUGUUCAUUGAUGUUCGUUGAUUCAGCAUGCAAUAUUAAAUGGGAAUCAACAAUUGAACAUUUUAAGUACACUUUAAUUGAAAAUCGUAUCUUCAACCAAAGUACAACGUCAAAAAUUAGUUUCAACGUUAUCCAUGAAGAUUAUGGAAAACAAAUAAGAUGUAGUACUGAAUGUCAAUACUUCAAGAAUACUCUUGCCAACGCAACAACUGUCAUAUUUGAAAAAAAACCGACAGUGGUUGUCUCUUCAAUCCCCGUUUUACCCGUUCCACCAAAUACCAACAUAAUGCUCACAUGUGUUGUCAAUGCCCAUCCUGUUGGAAAUAUCACUUGGACGAUGGUGAAAACGUCUAAUUCAAUAUCACCACAAACAAAGACGUGUUUAAAUGCAUCAACAUGCUCUUAUGAAAUGACUACAUCUGACGUUGAAGAGGUUUAUUCGUGUUAUGCAAAGAACGAACACGGCAGUGACGAACGGUCAAUCGUAGUUGUUCAUGAGCAUAACAAUAAAGAAGAUCUGACUGGAAAAGCUUCUGGCAUCUUGGGCGUAACAAUUGGUGUUUUGGGCGGAAUUGCAUUUCUUUUUAUUGUGAUAGUUGUCAUGUUUUUAUGUCUACGUCGAAACCAAGCGAGGCAGCAAUCAAGGAAAGAGGAUACUCAAUUGGACCAAUUUCAGCCACCGCCAAAUCCAGAUAGAGAUGAUACUGACGUUGCUGAAUAUGCUGACAUCAACAAGACUCGUAGAGAUCGGGAAAACGUUUCUCUGCCGUCUAAGGACAAACAUUCAUGUGAUGCUACGAAAGAAUGCUCAGGAGGGGUAGCAAUUGAAUGUUCAGUGCACGUAGAACAACCAUCGAACGACUAUGGUAUUAUCUCAACGGGUACAGGUUCUUCCAAACAACCUGAUGCUCGUGGAUGUCAAAGCAAAGAAGAUAUCAAUACAACAGGCAAGGAAGAAGACAAUGGUGUUUCUAAACAGAAACAUAUUAUCAACGCAGACACAGGAAUGGCUAGGAUCCCAAAGCUCCACCAAUGAGCUUGUGUACGCGGAUGUGGAGCACUUGGAGAAAUUCCGAGUAGGAAAUCGUGCGUGAAAUGACGACAAGCCUACAGAGUACUCUGACAUUGUAUUUGAUACAUCGUUUGGUGUGAAAUCUGACUCAUCCCAUAGAAAAUGUGUAUGAUAACAAUCAAUUAAAGGGAUUUUAAUCUAAUAGCUUUAGCAAGAGGCGGAUUAAGUCUCUGUCCCUUUUUAUAAUACCUUUGUUUGGUGUGUGUUGUUAAUAAGCUGAUCAGUUGUAAUUUAUUGUUCUCUUACAAAUGAUAUUAGACUUAGCGUGCUGGUGUGUAUGCUGAUAUGAUUGUGUGUGUGUGUAUCUGAUUCUCCGAAGUGUUACCUACUUUCAAUCCGUUUUGUUUUGUUUUAACAUAAUAAUUAUAACUUUGAUGGUUUUGAUUUGAACCGCUUUCAUUCCAAGAACUCUUUAAAUGAUACCUGCUACAUUACUAAUGGUUUUUAGUUUGUCUGUAUGUAUGCAUUACUGUGCUUGAUAUAUUGUGAGUAUAACUUCAUGUUAACUAGUCACAAAGAGUUUUAUCGCGAAUAAAAUUACAAUAUUUAAUUAGUGUUAUACAUUUGGACAUUUUACAGGGGAAGCGUACGUGCUGAUUCUUAAAUUGUGUUUAUGAAAGACAUAUUUCAACCAUACUGGAAUUAUGUAAUCAAUGAUGGAGCACUCCACGGUGGUAAUCCCAGUAGCCGACUGCUCUCUGGGAAUCGUUUAUUUACACAACUAUCGAGAGUCAAUAUAAAAAUCAAACGAGAAUCAGAAAUUAAGCACAGUGAUAAAUUGGAUUUGAUAAGUAACUAUAAAAACAAUGUGUUUUCGGUCUGUUCUUAAAUCAUGAUUGAAAUUUGGUACAGGAUUUUCAUACCGUGUAUCUUUUUCUGCAAAGCAAGGUUAAUGCUAUUGAACAUUGAUGUUUUCACACCUUCUUUGCAGUUGUGCAGAAACAGUCAGCUUUACAAGAACUG